AUGCGAUCAAUUUAUAAACGAAGGUUGUUCUUAUGUUUUAAUAAAAUAUUUCCGCAGUUUCUUGUAGGUUUAUUUUUUAUAUAUGUUUACUGUGAAUAUUUAAUUUACUACGUUACACAACUACAAUGUAGAUGGCCUACCGUAGACAAAAAUAUUAUGAAGAACGAAAAGCCAGUUUAUGCCAUGGUUCUUGCAGACAUUCAUCUCCUGGGUUCAAAAAACGGACAUUGGUUAGACAAAGAGCGGCGAGAGUGGCAAAUGCAUCGCGCAUUUCAAACUGCUAUGACCUUACAUAAUCCUGAACUGGUAUUUAUUUUAGGUGACAUAUUUGAUGAGGGAAACUGGAGUUCUCAAAAGGAGUUUAAUGAAUAUGUGGAAAGGUUUAAAAAAUUAUUUGAUAUUCCCAAAGGCACUGCUUUGUAUGUGGUAGCUGGAAAUCAUGACAUAGGCUUUCAUUAUAAGAUAACUCCACAAUUAUCAAAUAGGUUUGAAGUUGAGCUUAAUGCUCCACCAGUCAGGUUAAUUAGUAUCAGAGGAAAUCAUUUCAUUCUCAUUAAUUCUAUGGCCAUGGAGGGUGAUGGAUGUAGUCUAUGCUCGAGAGCAGUUGCAGAGCUGGAGAAAAUUGCAGAUACCCUCAAGUGCAGUAGCGGGUCAACAUUAUGUAAAGGAAAAACGAAGGUAGCAAAGUAUAGCAGACCAAUAUUGAUGCAAGUGAGUCAACUUAUUUAA